AUGUCCUAUCACGACCGACCAGUCCGACAUGGACAGCCCGGCGACUACUCGCCCUCGUCGUCUGGAGCCGCCACUCCCACCGCUUCGGCCGCCUCCUCGACCUUCCUCACGCACUCAUUCUCCGGAAUCGCCAGUGGGUUCGGCGGCCUCGUCCGCCGCUUUUCAGACAUGACCGCGGUGCAGGGGGGCCACCACGGCCACCCCGACGACAUGUCCAAGUCCUCAGCCUCGCUGGGCAGCCCGCUCUCUUAUCCACACCACUGGAAUAACGGCAUAAAUGGCGUCUACACACCCCCCAUAAACAGAUCUGCCUCCCCACUGAGGCCACCGCCCCUCGAGCCGCUGGAGCUAAAGGGCUUCAGGGACGACACCACCGAGGCCGCGAGGCUGCUAACGCCUGCGGUCGCAGAGGAGAUACGCAUAAUGAUCCCGGAGCGGCAGCGCAUCGAGGAGGAGUGGAAUCUUGUCUACAGCCUGGACCAGGACGGGGCGAGCCUGGGGACACUAUAUGAGAAAUGCAGCCCGUAUCAGGGCACGCGAAACAGCUUUGUCCUCGUCGUCAGGGACAGCUACGGUGGCCUUUUUGGCGCCUACCUCUCCGAAUCACCACAUCCAUCACCACACUACUUCGGCAACGGGGAAACAUUCCUCUGGCGAGCAUCCGUCCUGGCAGCCCUUCCCCCUCCGCCGUCAGAGGACACGACAAACCUCACCCGCGUCACAACCAUAUCUAGCCCCACACAGUCCCGCUUCCCAAGACCACAGCCACCACCGCCACCAAACCCAGAGCCAGAGGAAGACCUGCUCAUCGACUUCUCCGACAACCUGCCAUCCAAGCCAGCAUCGUCAACCGAUCCCGUGCCCUCGCUACUCGGCGUGACCCCAGCCCCGCCUCCGCCACAGGUACCCUCCCCGGCCAGGACCCCCAGCCCCAACAUCCCAAUGAGUCCGUCGAUCCGUUUCAAGGCGUUCCCAUACAGCGGCGAGAACGACUUCUACAUGUACUGCGAGCCCCACUGCCUGUCCGUAGGGGGUGGCGACGGGCACUACGGCCUGUGGCUGAACGACUCGCUGGCGAGGGGCAUCAGCUCGCGCUGCCUGACGUUCGGGAAUGAGCCGCUGAGUGACGAGGGCGAGAAGUUUGGGGUGUUGGGCGUCGAGAUGUGGGUUAUUGGCCGCGGAGGACGGCGUUGA